AUGAGUUCCAAAAAAUAUUCAUUGGGUAUUGAUAUAGGAACUACGUCUGUGAAAGUUUGCAUAUACGAUUCUGAAACAGAUACAAUUCUUUCUGAGCAAUCAAAAGAUACCCAGGCUAAUGUUCCCAGCCAUUUGGGAUCUGAGGGUGAUAAGCAAGAUGUACCCAAAAUAAUAUCAGCUCUACAUAAUUGUGUUUCAAGGUUGCCUAAUAAACUCUUGAAACAAAUUAAAAUUAUAGGAGUGUGUGGCCAAAUGCAUGGAAUAAUGCUUUGGUCAAAUACACCGGAACAUUGUUGCUGGGAGAGAACAGAAUCCCCAGGAAUUAAUUCUGGAGUUAAAUUUGAAGUUAUUCGUUCAAAUGUAUCCAAUUUAUACACUUGGCAAGACACAAGAUGCGACUCAAAUUUUCUCAAAAAGCUUCCCGAACCCCAAUCACAUAUUCAAAUUCAUACUGGAUUUGGUUGUGCAACUCUCUUUUGGCUUUCUCAAAACUGUCCAGAAAAAAUUUCAAAAUUCAACUGCUCUGGUACAAUUCAAGAUUUUGCAGUUGCUUUAUUGUGUAAUCUGAAAAAACCCAUCAUGUCUUCUCAAAAUGCAGCCGGAUGGGGAUAUUUCAAUACAACCACCAAUUCUUGGAAUAAAGAACUAUUGGAAAAAUCAAACUUUCCAGUUCAUUUAUUACCAGAAGUUGUUAAACCGACUGAGAUAGCUGGAAAACUUCCAGAAUGUUGGUUUGGAAUUCCAAUGGGUACACCUGUCGGGGCUGCUUUGGGAGAUUUUCAAUGUUCCGUCAUAGCGAACCUAAAAAAUGAAAACGAAGCCGUUUUAAAUAUAUCAACAUCCGCGCAAAUAGCAUACCUGAAAGAGCCAUUAUUUCAACCCGACCCAACUCCAUUAACGCCUCCUAUUACCUAUUAUACAUAUUUCAAUGACAGAUAUUUAGCAGCAGGAGCUUCCCUGAACGGAGGAAACGUAUUAGCUGCUUUUGUUAAAAUGUUGCAGCAAUGGACUCUAGACCUGGGAUUUAGCGUCCCGCAAUCAAAAGUUUGGGAAAAAGUAACAGAUUUAGGGGAUAGAGAUGAUGCCGAGUCUACUGUUUUCGUGGUUCCAACUUUACUUGGAGAAAGACAUAUCCCAGAGCAAAAUGCAUCAGUGUCUAAUUUGGAUCAUGGAAAUUUGGGUCUUGGUCAAAUUUUUAGAGCUCUGUGCAAAGGAAUAAUACAUAACUUAUUAAGCAUGAUUUCAAAAGAUCAAUUAGUUUCUUCGAACAUAAAUAAAAUUAUAGGAACUGGAACGGCACUCAUAAGAAAUAAAGUUCUGCAAAAAGAAGUUCAAAUACAAUAUCAAUUGCCAAUUGAAUUUAUUGGGGGUCGCGAUGCGUGCGUUGGUGCAGCUCUUUCAAUGAAUCCCCCCAAAAAAUAA